CGGAUUCGCUUCGACAAGCUCAAGCUGCUGUCAGUCAAUCUUCCGAUGGCACAAUUUUCCAGCGCUCAAGAGCCUGUAUGUCGGAGUCGAGGUUCCCUUCACCAACUCACAUGCAAAGCCAUAUUCAGCAUCCCAACUCUCACUACUCUGGAGCUCGAUAUUCCAUAUUGGAAGCAAACUCUCCCAUUAUGGAGAGUUCUGGACAAGCACAAGUUACGAGCAUCUCCUCUCACCACACUGACUCUCCCCGUCCCGCCCAGAUAUUACCUGAACACGUUCCCAAUCCUCAUCAAGUUUUGCGCCAGUCUUGUACGUUCCAAACCAAAGACAAGACGACCUCUAGAAGGACCUACUUCAGCGCAGCAGGCAGAUUCAUCUCCCUCAACACAGCUCUUCAUGAAGCAGAGUCUGGUCUCGCAGCGACCCAGGAACAAACUGCGUCCGAUUCUUUGUGAGAUAACCAAGGCGCUUGACGGGCACAUCGGCGUAGUGGGGGUAUUUGAAUACUGGCCUGCGCAUGAAAUCGUCCAUCGCAUGGUCUUGAGGUGGGUGCAGCGCAGUCGUCUCGCCGCCAAAAGCGCUGCUGAAAUGGCAGAUUUCGUGUUGAAUCCUCUUGUACUGCCGUUCGUGAUGCCUCUUCACAUACUUACCCCACCUAUUUCCCUGGAGUGUUGAGGUUUCUGCUAAGAUAUGCCAAGACUCAUGAUGAAGAGGAGAUGGCGUGGAGCCGUAUAUUCGAUUUUGCAAAGUAAUAAUUACACAUAGCC